GGCCCAAGCCAUAAAUUCGCAGUAAACUCGCAACACAGCAGCUCUGAGCCGAUUAUUUUGAUCGGUUCGACAACUUGUGACACCGCCGCUUGCAGCCUAAGGAGGACAGGGCUGUAAAACAGACAGCAGCUCUCCAGCAGCACAGCUCUCCACAGCAUAUGCUAAUGAUCGAUGCGACGACGACUCAUCCCCGCUUGCGUGCUCGGUGGCACGAUGGGCCUGCAGCUCACAGACACCUACCACAGCUUGCUGAAGGCUGUCCCGCGGCCGCCACCGCUCACGUCUGCUUUACCGAUGUGCUAUAGUAGCCCGCUCACCGACGCGCACAAGGCACUACGACCCGCGGCUACGCAAGACGUGCGGACGUCCUGUGCACUAUUUGCGGCAAAGGCGACGGCCGACGAGGCGCCGAAACGCCGCGCGUGCCUCGCGUCGCUGUGGCUUGCCUACGGGAUGCUCGACGAGUGCCACGCGCUCGUGGUCGCCGAGUCGUACUCGGGGAGCGACGCGGCCUACAUUCACGCUUUACUCCACCGCAAGGAAGGGGCGUUCGUGGGCGAAUUUUCCAUGACUGGCUGGGCGAACAGCAAGUACUGGUGGGGCGUCCUCGGCGCGCAUCCUCUUUUUGAAGCCGUAGCCGUCGCCGCGGCAGAAAUGCCCCGCGAGCCGUCGCCACUACUGGAAGAUUGGCAUCUGGACGGCUGGGACCCCUACGCCUUCGUGGACCUCUGCGCGGCGGCCCACGCUUCGGGCGACGAGACCGCGAUGGCGUACUGCCGCGCCGUCGCCGAAGUCGAGUGGGACCUGCUGCACGGGCACAUCCUCGCCGGCCUCGAGUAGUUGUUUUUGUUAAUCUUGUAUGGCUUA